CCCGCCCACAGUUCAAACUGGCAAAAUGGCGGGGGUUCCUGAGUCGGUGGUCCUUGCCCCUCCGCGGGACGUGGAGCGAAUGGCCGGGACAGACGACCAGGCCUUGGUCCCCGCCGCUGCCCGAGAGGACUUCCGGGUGCACUGCACCUCGAAGCGGGCCGUGACGGAAGUGCUAGAACUGUGCGGCCACAUCGUGCAAAAGCUCGGGGAGGCGCUGCCGGAGAAGAUCCGAGAGCCCGCCCUGCGAGAUGCGCAGUGGACUUUUGAGUCAGCUGUGCAAGAGAAUGUCAGCAUUAAUGGACAAGCAUGGCAGGAAACUUCAGAUAAUUGUCUCAUGGAUUCUGAUAUCAAAGUGCUUGAAGAUCAGUUUGAUGAAAUCAUAGUAGAUGUAGCCACAAAACGUAAGCAGUAUCCCAGAAAGAUCCUUGAAUGUGUCAUCAAAACCAUAAAAGCAAAACAAGAAAUUCUGAAGCAGUACCACCCAGUUGUACAGCCGUUGGACCUAAAAUAUGAUCCUGAUCCAGCCUCAUGUAUGGAAAAUUUGAAAUGCAGAGGAGAAACAAUAGCUAAGGAGAUGAGUGAAGUCAUGAAGUCCUUGCCUGCAUUAAUUGAACAAGGAGAUGGAUUUUCCCAAGUUUUAAAGAUGCAGCCUAUUAUCCAGCUCCAGAGAGUCCACCAGGAAGUCUUUUCCAGUUGUUACGGGAAACCAGAUGUUAAACCUGAGAACCUUAUAACACAAAUAGAAACCACACCAACAGAGACUUCUACCAGGACAACCACUGACAUAGUACUGAAAAGAAAGCAAACUAAAGACUGCCCCCAGAGAAAAUGGUAUCCAUUGCGGCCAAAGAGAAUUAAUCUUGAUACAUAAGCUCGUUUUGUUUAUCUUGGGAGUUGAAAUUAGGCACUAUCAGCAUUUAGCGUACAGCCUAAUGCCUACAGAGGACUUCAUUUACAACAACAAAUAACUCUUUAGUGAUUCCUUUAUAGAAAUAUAGUAGCUCUAUGCUGGGAUCUGGUGUAAUAUUGUAUUUCUUUCCUCACUAUUCAUCUAUAGCUGAUGAAAAGCAUGAUUUUUGAAUAUUGACACAAAGCCCAUCAAUGGGCAUUAAGAGUGCAAACUUUUACUGUCAAGUGCCAUCCACUUUUGGCUGCCUUAACAGCUUUUAUGGAAUUUCAUGAGUAACAUAUUCUAUUGGGUUUUUUGGGUAUACAUCUUUCUUAAAAAAAGAGCUAUGUAGCAGUUGUCUUUAGUUAAGUGCUGGAGGUAGUCAUCAGUUCUGCACAGGAGCUGAAGCAGAUUUUUUUUGUUUUUGAUGCUGUUUGAUUUAUCAAAUUAAUGUGGAGAUGACAAGACUGGCUUUGGCUUUGUUACUCCAAGUUCAGCUAAUUUGGAUUUGUAGGAUUAAUUUUAGGAUUUUUUGUUUUUGUUUUGUAAGACAAAGAAGAAGACUAUUAUUUGUGCA